CACAGCUGGACUCCAUAUUUAUGGUCUGAACAUCAGUUAUGCUCAGUCAACUUCCUGCUGUUCUUUUUACACCAGAUCCAGGAUCUUCAGUCAGUCCAACAUGGACCUGAUGUUCUGAUCCAGUCUGACUUGUCAUCAUCUGGGAUUCAUUUUCAGGAACUGGAGCAAAACAUGAUCCUUUUUAUGAAGAACGAGCUGAAGAAGAUCCAGAAGGUUUUGAAUCCAGGUUAUCCAGAACGCGUAGAGAGUCAGAAGGAGGAUGAGGAGAUGCUGCAGGGCGAUGAUGACGAGCAGAGGAGGAGGAGCAGCACAGAACCUUUGAUGAAGAUCAUAGUUUUCUUCUUGAGGAGGAUGAAUCAGGAGGAACUGGCCGAGCACCUGCAGAGCAAAACUCCUUCCAUGUGUCAGGAUAACCUUAAAUCCUCAAUGAAGACAAAGUUCCAGUGUGUGUUUGAGGGAAUCGCUAAAGCAGGAAGUCCAACCCUGCUGAACCAGAUCUACACUGAGCUCUACAUCACAGAGGGAGGAACUGGAGAGGUCAACCAGGAACACGAGGUCAGACAGAUUGAAACAGCAAACAGGAAACAACACAGACCAGAAACAACAAUAAAACAAGAAGACAUCUUUAAAGUCCCACCUGGAAGAGAUCAACCAAUCAGAACAGUGAUGACAAAAGGAGCGGCUGGCAUUGGGAAAACAGUCUUAAUACAGAAGUUCACUCUGGACUGGGCUGAAGGCAAAACCAACCAGAACAUCCAGUUCAUAUUUCCAUUCACCUUCAGAGAACUGAAUUUACUGAAAGAAGAAAAGUUCAGCUUGGUGGAACUGAUUCACCAUUUAUUUCCUGAAACCAAAGGAAUCAGAAACUUUGAAUCGUUUCAGGUUCUGUUCAUCUUUGAUGGUCUGGAUGAAAGUCGAUUUAAUCUGGAUUUCUACAACAAUCUGAUCCUGACUGAUGUUACAGAGUCCAGCUCAGUGGAUGUUCUGCUGACAAACCUCAUCAGGAAGGAACUGCUUCCCUCUGCUCUCCUCUGGAUAACCACACGACCUGCAGCAGCCAAUCAGAUCCCUGGAAAGUUUGUUGACAUGGUGACAGAGGUCAGAGGGUUCACUGACCCCCAGAAGGAGGAAUACUUCAGGAAGAGAUUCAGAGAUGAAAAGCAGGCAAACAAGAUCAUCUCCCAUAUAAAGACGUCCAGAAGUCUCCACAUCAUGUGUCACAUCCCCGUCUUCUGCUGGAUCACUGCUACAGUCCUGGAGGACAUGUUGAAGACCACAGAGGGAGGAGAUCUGCCAAAGACUCUGACUGAGAUGUACAUCCACUUCCUGGUGGUUCAGACUAAAGUGAAGAAGAUCAAAUAUGAUGGAGGAUCUGAAACUGAUCCUCACUGGAGUCCAGAGAGCAGGAAGAUGAUUGAGUCUCUGGGAAAACUGGCUUUUGAUCAGCUGCAGAAAGGAAACCUGAUCUUCUAUGAACCAGACCUGACAGAGUGUGGCAUCAAUAUCAGAGCAGCCUCAGUGUAUUCAGGAGUUUUCACACAGAUCUUUAAAGAGGAGAGAGGUCUGUACCAGGACAAGGUGUUCUGCUUCAUCCAUCUGAGUGUUCAGGAGUUUCUGGCUGCUCUUCAUGUUCAUCUGACCUUCAUCAACUCUGGAGUCAAUCUGCUUGAAGAAUGUGAGACAGAAGAAAAGAAAUCAAAACUGGCUAAUUUACAUCAGAGUGCUGUGGACAAGGCAUUACAGAGUCCAAAUGGACAUCUGGACUUGUUUCUGCGGUUCCUCCUGGGUCUUUCACUGCAGACCAAUCAGAAACUUCUACAUGGUCUCCAGACAGAGAAGACAAGAAGCCUACAGAAAAACCAGCAAACAGUUCAGUACAUAAAGCAAAAGAUCAGUAACAAUGUGUCAGUAGAUAAAAGCAUCAACCUGUUCUACUGUCUGAAUGAACUCAGGGAUUGUUCCUUACAAGAGGAGAUCAGAAAGUACCUCAAAUCAGGAAGUCUCUCCACAGAUAAACUGUCUCCUGCUCAGUGGUCGGCUCUGGUCUUCAUCUUACUGUCAUCUGGAAAAGCUCUGGAUGAGUUUGAUCUGAAGAAAUACUCAGCUUCAGAAGAGGCUCUUCUCAGACUGCUGCCUGUGGUUAAAGCUGCUAAGAAAGCUGUGUUGAGUGGCUGUAACCUGUCAGCAGGAAGCUGUGAAGCUCUGUCCUCAGUUCUCGGUUCCCAGUCAUCUAGUUUGAGAGAACUGGACCUCAGUAACAACGACUUGGAGGAUUCUGGGAUAAAGCAACUGUGUCACGGACUGGAGAGUCCAUGUUGCAAACUGGAAACUCUCAGUCUUUCAGGCUGUCUGAUCUCAGAGGAAGGCUGUUCGUCUCUGGCUUCAGCUCUGACCUCCAACCCCUCCUACCUGAGAGAGCUGGACCUGAGCUACAACCACCCAGGAGAGUCUGGACUCAAACUGCUGUCAGUCAGUCAAAAGAUGCCUGAUUGCAGAUUGGACACCAUCAGAGCUGAACCUGGUUCUGUCCAGUGGUUGAAGCCAAACUUCAGAAAAUUUUUUAAACAAUGUAUUGAACAUAUUUUUCCUCAGUCCUGUAAACUCACACUGGACCCAAACACAGCUCACAAGUUCCUCCAGCUGUCUGAGAACAACAGGAAGGUGACAGACCUGCGGAGGGAACACCCUUACCCUGAUCACACAGAACGAUUUGACUACUGGCCCCAGGUGCUUUGUGAAACUGGUUUGACUGGUCGCUGUUACUGGGAGGUUGAAUGGGUUGGAAAGGUUUAUGUUGCAGUGAGCUACAGAGGGAUAGGAAGGAAUGGUGACAGCGAUGGCUCCAAGUUUGGAGGGAAUGAUCAGUCUUGGUGUCUUGCCUGCACUGAUGGAGGAUACAGUGCUUGGCACAACAACAGCGGGACACCCAUUCCUCUUCCUCCCUGUCCUACCGUCUCCCGCCGUGUCGGAGUCUAUGUGGACUGUCCUGCUGGUGUCCUGUCCUUCUACAGAGUCUCUUGUGAUGUCAUGACCCACCUCCACACUUUCAGCGCCACAUUCACUGACCCUCUGUAUGCUGGCUUUGGGUACGGGUGAAAUUAAAUUCCUCUGCUCUUCUCUGUCAGCUGUAAACAAACAGGAUGUGGUUUGAUUAACUCGGUAAAAAAAUAUUCCUCUAUAUGAGAUCAAAAAGAAUAGGUAGAGGAGACAUCUUCAAAUGCUCCAAACGAACCUGUUGAAUCUGUAUU